UUAUUAUUCAAACAGCAGAGAGCAGUAGAAUGCAGCAGCUAACUGAGCAUCACCGGAACAAAAGUAAGGAAGAAGAAACCAGUGCGCUCUGUCCAUCGCUAGACAUUCCUGCAGUAUUUGGUUCCCAUAAAGCAAGAGUGACGGAAUUUGACGGGACACCAGGUGUUUCCUGCUCCCUGUUGUUAGCUGAAGCUUAUGGGAGGUUUUGUCCUCUGGAAACCAACUUCAUGCCCUCGCUGCCCACCAUGAACCUUUGUUCCUUGAUGCUCCAGCUGAGGCCAUCAGUGGGUAUUCACCUCCUCUGCAUCCUGCUGCUCCUCUCCAGCAUCUACCUCACAGCGCUAGCUGUGUCUGAGUCAGGUAAUGAAAUGACGAGCAAGAAUGGAAUAGCUAAAGGCUCCUCAGACUCCACUGUUGCAGUAGAUACUGAGGAAAAGAGCAAUAGAACUAAUACAUUGACUAAAAUCCUCUUCAAUGAAACUGAAACAUCUGUAGGCCAAUCUCAGCAGUUGUCAUCCACCUCUUCACCCACGACUGCUGUACGUACCCAGUCUGCAGGUAAUGGUUCAGCUGAGAACCUCCUUUCAUCACCUAUUGCAGAACCUGUUGGGACUUCUCAAACUGUUUUACAAUCAACUAAAACAACUUCUGAAGCCCCAGCAACAACUCUGUCCAACAAAACACCAGCAAAAAAAACACCACCAUUGUCCACCAAACCACCGUCUGCAACUCAAACUUCAACACUACCACCCACCAAACCAUCGUCUACAACUCCUACUUUAACAUUUCUGCCCACCAAGACACCUACAACAUCAAAAACAGUUGAAAACUCUCCAAAUAUGACUGCUACGAUCACCGUUUGGCCCACAGGCAAGAAAAGUUCAUCAUCAUCAUCUGUGGUACCCACACAGAAGUCAAUUGCCAGGAAAUCAACUCUUUCACCCACAUCUUUCAGCACAGAAGCCACAGCCAUGCCUCCUAGCAGAACCACUACUUCUGGCGGCCGCAGUAAGUCCGCUGCUUCUGCAACAAGGGUUCCGGUGGUGGAAGUGGCUGGAGCAGCUCUGACCCAGCAGCUGGUGGACACAGCUUCUUUACUAGCUGUCCUGCUGUUUGGCCUGCUCUUCUUCCUGGUCACGGUGGCGGUGUUUGUCACGCAGGCGUAUGAGAGCUACAGGAGGAAGGACUACACCCAAGUCGACUACCUGAUCAAUGGCAUGUACAGUGACUCUGGAGUGUGAUGCAGGAAGACACGUGGCUCUGGACCUUGGUCUUGCACAGUAUGACCACAGUGGCUGCUGUUUUUUGAAGAAGUUGGAAUAAAGUAGCAAAUGGAGCUGAUGGAAAACAACCUGGAUUAUUUUAUUCUUUUCUUAAUGUUUUCUUUUGGCUUGUGUAGCAUUUCGUUUCUAACACUCGAUCCUGAACUUUGAGGAUGAAGAGCAGUCUUAAUGAGUUUGUGUAGAUCAGCUGUCAGUGCUGAAAGCAUACAAUAUUCAUCCUUUCCACAUCACAUUUCUGUUGAUCAGUAUGAUCAAUAUGACCAUAAUAUCUCUAAUACCUUUUCAGACUUAACUGAAAUAUGUGGAGAAAAAAACUCUCUUUACAACAUGGCAGCCAAUUGUUAAAUGCAGUUGAAUGAAUUUUUUAACAUUUCAUAAACCAUAAUUUCUUUUCAAACUGAAACUUGACUUGAAUGUCUAUAUAAAUAUAACAUCUGAAAUACCCCUGCUUUAAUACUGAUAUCAGUUUCGCUUUAAAAACAUCUAAAUCUAGUAGUAUUUAUUUUAUAGGAUUCUGUUGAGAGGUUAUAGUAAUAUCCUAUCUUCAGUAGAUAACUUGGUGUCCUUUUAGUACAGAUAUCAGUUUUUUCCUAGAGGUUGAAGCUAACAGAUAAUCUAAAACCAAAGCAGAUUCCUACACUAUCAAACAUUUCCAUUUUAAAGACAUUUAGACCAAUUUAUUAGAUUUAUUUUUUUAUGAACCGUCAUACAACUUUCACUUUUUUAUUAAAUGAUUUUAAUUUUUAAUGGAAGUAUGUGGUCAGUAGUAAUGAAGACUGAUAUUUAUAACAUUAGUCUGUAUCAUCUUAUUGUCAUUAUAUAAUAUUUACCUGAAUUUUUAAAGAGUUUUGAUUCCUCAGUUGUAUUAAAGUGGCUCAGGCUGGAUAUACUAACAUGUUCCAUUUUGUUGUAUUUGAUGUGGCACAACCACAAAGAGCUCUGGACAUUUUUCCCCUUUGGCAUUUUGUACAAUUUCAACUUUGGUUGUUUUCAAUCGGACUAUUUUUGUUAGGAAAAUAACUUUAAUUACUAAUUACAAAUGACAAUUUUUACUCUAACAGUAGAUUAUUUGCUAUAAUCUACUGUUAGAAAACUUGCUCUCCAGUUAGUAUCAUGUAUUGACAGAAGGUCAGCUAAAGGGAGCCACAUUUGGAACGCCAUGAUAAAUUUUUCAUGCAUGCAGCUUCCAGCUGGCUACGGGGCGAACUGAGCCAGAGCUUCUCACCACCAUAACUGAUCAUGUUAAGCAGAAGAUCAAAUAUUUGCUCUGUAAAGGUCUGGAGGUGUUUGAGUGCAGGACAGUUUUAAUAACUCAUAACCUCUCAACAGAAUAACUCUUCAGAAAGUUUCAGUGUAAAUCAGGAUAUCUCCUCAGAACAAGUUGAUGCAUCAAGACGAUUGCUAUGCCAUGAACUGUGAACAAAUCACAUUAUACUACAGAUGUUUUAUGCAUUGUUUCACAUAGUUUUGCACACAUUAUAUUCUGAUAGAAAGGGAAGCAGGGCUGGUACUACAUUGAAAGCUCCUGUUCAUGUAUUCUACAUGAUGAAGCUCAGUGUCCAUACCACGACUCUGACAAAUCCUUCCCUCUAUACCCCUUACAUUUUCAGUUUGGUUUUCUACACUUUUUUCAAACAUAUUAAUUUAGUCAUUUCUUAUUGUGUGCAUGUUGCCUGUAGCAGAGGUGGCUUGUUGAUCUGAAUAACUGCACUGAAAGAGGUUCAGCAUCACUGAUUGAAACAAACAGCUUCAGUUCCAGUCUGCUGACCCACUGGCUCUGGGUUUCAGCAGGGCGCUCACUGGGAAGAAUGUAACUGUUAUCAAAGGACACAGUUUUGUUUUAAAUUUAGAUCUGCAUGAAAUGACUGAAUGUGUGAGAACCAUCUGUUUGGUUUGAGGCCCAGAGUAUGUCCCAGGUAGAAACCUGGAGCUGUCUCUGCAGUAAAGGUGGAUGUUUGGACCUGGCAGCUGACGUUUGGGGGAGCAGAAGACCAGUGGAGGUGUUAAAGUCACUCCUACAACCUUCUCUCAGCCAGCAGAUCACAGUUUUGUCUGUUGGCCUCAAGUAAUCUUUACAUUUCAGCUUGUCUUAAAGCCUCCUUAAGUCUUACUUGACCUGUUAGAUGGCUAUAUAUCUCAUGCUGGUUUAAUUGUCUAUGAAAGCACAGGAGUUUUUUUGAAACAAAGCUCCAAAAUUUUUGUUAAAUUUCAUGAAAUUCCAUUGAGCUUGAUAGAAGUAGACCAUGCUUUCCUUCACAACUGUGUUUAUUUUGAGUUUGACUUCAGUGGAAGCUUUUGAAUGCAUUUAAUCUUCAUUCUUCCAUACGAUACGUGUUAAUGACCUCAGUCUGUUCCUUACAACGGUUCAGAUGUAUGUGGUCUUGGAGGUACCUAAUUGUAAUUAGUGUGUGUUUAUAAGUCCAUGAUUGUAAAGAUUUUGAAAGGACUUUAUCAUUUUUGGAAAUUGUUGUUUUUUUGUUCCUUUUAUUUUUUCUUUAACUGGGUGUGUUUCCAAUAAUGUUGUCUUUUUUUAAUACAUCUACUAGUUUUCUGAAGAUAUUGUUUUUUUUUUUUAUCAAGAAUUCACAAUGCAACACUUUUGUAUCUUCUUUUUCUGGUGCCAAAUUCUUUUUGAUAUAUAUUUUUUUUCAUGAUCAAUAAAGGCAGUAUGUAUGAUUUAGAGUGAUUUUUAGAAACUUUUGCCAAAUUAAAGCACAUUGUUUUCUGACAAAGCCAAGGGAAAUUUAAAGCCAUAGUGAGUUUGUGACUAAUGUAACAUUUGAGCGGUUCUCACAACCCACACCCUGAAAUAUUAUUGGUGUGACAGAAUAUUUUUGUUGUGCAUGUGAGAUGCCUUGGCGUUGAAUAAUUUAGAUUUUUUUUUUUUUUUUGCACAAAAAACUGUUUUCUCUGUACAUUGUUCAUGGAAGCAGAGAACCUCCAUUAGCCAUAUCUAAGACUGUUUUGUCUGUCGUGCCAGUCUGUGUUGAAGGUUUCAGAUCAGUGUCCGUCAUGUCAGUAGGAUUGUAAUAAAGUGAUGUUUAUGUUUCUGAUGUCAGUUGGAAUCUGGUGUGUGUUGGAUUUAUCUAUGUUUGCAAAAACUGAUGUCGAGAAAUGAGGAAUGAUGUCACCUGCUACGUGCCAAGCAAAUAUUGUACUGAUGCACUUUUCAGAUAUAUUUUUACUUUGUAGAAAAUGAAUAAUAAAGAACUUAAG